AUUACGUCAUCCAAACCCGCCUUAUCUUUACUAAGCGCCGAAAUCAAACAACUUGAGCUUUUUUGUUCUCCCACGGCAAUUAGUUCAGACCUCGCAUUUCACAUACGUAUCGUUUGUAUACGAUUUUAGAAAAUUACGGUGGAUAGUUGCCCCCCCCCCCUCAAACCUAAGCUUCGAGGUGGGUGUCCCGCUCUGGAGUGACGUGAAUAUUGUGUUUUCCUGUAACGCCUGCGCUCGUCUAAUCUUUAUAAACAGUGUUCACAACUGGCUAUUUUGUAAAGUCUUGACAGACAACUAAAUAUUAGUGUUUUCAGUUGAAUCGAUGUAUUUGGUGUCUUUACUCAUCUACUUCAAAGUUGAUUUCACGAACUUAUGGCUAACACUAAGCUAACAGGCUAACAGAAUAAUGGAGGAAAGCUCAUCGCGUCCUUCAACUGCUAGCAGUAUUUGUCGAGAAUCUUUUCUGCAGAAGAUUUUGGAGCGGCUGUGUGUCACUCAGUCUCUAAAACUGCAAGCAGAAGAUACAUCUCCUGUUACUGUAGUAGCUCUCCAUCGGUACUUGUCUGACUCUGGAGAGACGCAGGCGCACCAGCAGGAUGACAGCUACAGCUACGAUGUGACGGUCACAGACGGAGUAUGGAGAGCAAAGUGUUUCCUCCACACCACUUUAAAUCGUGUGGUGCAUAAAAACUCCCUGAGGACUGGCACAGACAUCAGCAUAACGAAAUGCUCUUUUGUUUACAACGAGAGGAGACUAGGGCAUGGUUAUCUCUGCAUUGAGGGCUUCACAUGCAGGACAGAUACCUGUACUGUACAGGCCAAUGACAAAGAUAUCAGUGCACUUCCUGUACUGGUCAGACAAGGCAUGGAGAGGAGCAUCUCUUUGCAAAGUGAUGUGCCACUUCAGCUGAGCCGUAAGCACUACCUCCCCCUCUGGAAUAAUGAUGACCCGGAUGGAGAGAUGUGGGCCUCUGAGCCCCACUCAGAGAACACUGUGCUUGAUGUGUCCAAGAUCACGUUUCUGUGUCAUCUGGAAGGACAAUUUCAAAAUCUACAGAAACCAUUCCCUAUUCUUGUAAAAAUAAUACAUAAAUCCAGACUGAGAUAUUAUGGAAAAUAUGGACUCAAUAUUGACUAUCCUUAUCAGGCCUAUUUUGAGGUGGCCGAUCAGAGUGGCACUAUGUCCCUGGUGCUGUGGAAUGACCUUUGUCCUGAGUUUUACCAAAGACUUCAUGUGGGCACAGUGCUGUACCUCCAAAAUUAUACUCUGAAGAGGAGUUAUCUGAACAGGUCACGCCCACACAUGGACCAUUACAGAAUGAAGGCUUUUAACUCUGUGGAAAUCUGCCUCAACCCACGUAAACCAGCCUCAGUUAUAACUAUAAUUUCACCAAAAAGUGUACUGCCGCAGUGGGGGUUACCUGAAGUUUCAUACCAGUUCACAACUAGGUCAGAGUUGAAUCAACUAUCAAACAAUUCAGCGUGUGACAUUAUCGGUUUGGUAACAUUUGUGGGACGUGUAGAGAGAGUAAAAUGUAAAGCCAGCAAAGGUCUUCCUGAGAAAUACUGGACUUAUCGAUGGAUUCAUGCAGUAGACGGCACAUCUGAUCUCCCUUUUAUCAUUGAAAUUUUUUCAUCUUCUCAGCCAGAAAUAUUUAGUCACAUUUACCCAAUGACCUAUCUGGUUUGCACCCAGAUGAGACUGUGUCAUGUUGAUGGGGGGUUGCCUUACCUCACAAGCAGCUGCGAGACACAGAUGUUCAUAACAGGUUACCACAAAGGGCAGCCGUAUGUGAGUGACCCCAAAGUAAAAAGCUUCAUUCAAUGGACCAAGACUCAAAAAGACAACGUCAUCCUCCAGAAAACCACACUUGGAGGAUAUUAUAGCUAUCCUCGAGCUCCUAAAAUAUUCACGCAGUCAGUGGAAGAUGCAUCAGGACAAGUUCCACUAGUUGCAGCGGCCGACCUAAGGAAGGAGUUGGAGAUGCUACAAUACAGGGAACAUAAAAGAAUUGCAAUCCAAGGACAGAUCAUGGCUGUGCUCUUUAUAAAACACCAAACAUCAAACAAGAGUCCAUGUCUAACAGAAGAGCCACAGGGUCCUGUAGUUUUGACCCAGUCGUAUGAAGAAAUUCAAGAUGCCAGCACAGACCAUGAUUCUGUCUCUACAGAUGCAACUCUGACUCAAAUCAACACAAGGAAAAGAAGAUAUCGAGUAAGACAUGGAAAACAGUCCUCAGAAGAUGUUACACCAACUAAAAGCAGCAGACAUGACAAUAUAGUAGCAGAACAGAAAGAGAAUAAAACUGACAAUUCACCAGAGGAAACUGAGAAUUUCCAUAGUCAAGAUUCUGGUGUCACAUCCUGGGAAAGCAGUGAUUGGCUGACGCAAAAGCUGAGCAUUUCAGAACAUUUACAUCGAGGCAUCUUAUAUGAAGACAGCAUUUCACGACGAUUCACUUUUGAGGAGAAAAAUUCUCUUUUGCAUUGGAGCAACCUUCACCCAGCACGUUGGACCCCAGAGCACUCCACAGACCCUAUCCCACCUGUGGCUUGCCCUGGUUACUACAGAAUUACCAUUUUAGGGGUAAACAGGCAGUUAGCUGUAGACGCUGCCUAUGUUCCUGUUGUGCACCCUGAUGAGCCUUGUGCAGUGGGGCUGUUACAGGAUCCCCACGGCAACACCAUGCUGUCUUGCCUUUCCUCUGGCUUCCUGUGCCCCCUCAGCUCUGAUACAAGUCAAUCAAUACAUCCACAGCCAGAGGAGAUUUUGGAAACAGCUGGAGAGUUGGAGGGUUUACAUUUGGUGUGCGUCCUGGACUUGUGUCAUCUCGGAGGAGACCGUGUAGAAGUCCUCAUCAACAAAGUGUACAAAGUCACUGAAGUUUCUCUCCAAUAGACUUUUAUGGACUAGAUUUAUGGACUAAAUCAUGUUUGUCAAAUUUUUGUGUAAAAGAUUUCUGCCAUUCUCAUUAAAUUGUGAGACAAUA